GUCCAAGAAAAAAGGUCUGAGCUUUGAGGAGAAGAGAGCUCGCAUGAUGGAGAUCUUUUUUCAAACAUGCUUUUAUGUUUUGCACAGAAAGACGUGUUCCAGUUGAAGGAUAUAGAGAAGAUCGCCCCAAAAGAAAAAGGGAUUACCUCGAUGUCGGUGAAAGAGAUUCUGCAAAGCUUAGUCGAUGAUGGCAUGGUGGACACUGAUAGAAUUGGAACUUCCAAUUAUUUCUGGGCAUUUCCAAGUAAAGCUCUUCAUGCCAGGAAGCGUAAAUUGGAAGAACUGGAGUCUCAGUUUGCUGAAAGCAGUCAGAAAAAAGAGACUUUACAAAAAAGCAUUGAGAAGGCAAAAAUUGGACGUGAAGACACUGCAGAACGUGCAGCUCUAGUAAAGGAACUUGCUGCCCUUCGGCAGAAAAAAGAACAGCUAAAGGCAGAAAUAGACAAAUACAGAGAAUGUGAUCCAGAUGUCGUUGAAGAAAUGCGCCAAACAAACAAAGUAGCGAAGGAGGCAGCUAAUAGAUGGACGGAUAACAUCUUUUCAAUAAAGUCCUGGGCCAAACGUAAAUUUGGAUUUGAAGAGAGCAGAAUUGACAAAAGUUUUGGAAUCCCAGAAGAUUUGGAUUACAUUGAUUAGUGUUCGGCAGUUGAUGGCUGACACAGUUGUACAUAGUUUGUUAAAUAUUCUCAGUUGGCAUUCAAAUGUAGAUGUGAAUCCUCUUCAAACAACUGUCCACCAUUUAUUUAGCAGUUUUUGUUAAAGUUAAUAAAAUUCUAAAAAU